CACCGCCCUUUGGGUUCGGACCUGUGUGGCGACUGCGUCACUGGCGUCUGACUCCUGUCGGAUUUGAAUGGCUUCCGCCUCCGAGUCGCCCGCCUUCUCUUGUUAAGAGCUACCCUAUCGCGAUAUUUCUCCAUCCCCCACCGGCCGGAGGAGGACGGGAUCGUCCUGGAUAAUCUGGACGCCUGAUUAUCCAGCUAUUUUGGUUUUCAUUUGAUUGUUUGAAAUGCUGAAGGAGCUGGACAGGGGAAGUAUGGCUGGAACUUUCUGUUUCUUAGUGGAUUGAGCAAGGCUUUCUUGGGAGAAGGAAUGACUUCAAUGAGGUUCAAGGGAGGCAGGAUGGCAGCUUCUACUUCGUCAUCAUCAGCUGGUGGAGUGAGUGGAAGUUCUAUGACUGGAUCUGGAUUUAGUGUCUCAGAUCUCGCCACGCCACAGAAAGCCCUUUUUACGUAUCCUAAAGGAGCUGGGGAAAUGUUAGAAGAUGGGUCAGAACGAUUCCUUUGUGAAUCUGUCUUCAGCUAUCAAGUUGCAUCCACACUAAAACAAGUAAAACACGAUCAGCAAGUCGCUCGAAUGGAAAAACUCGCUGGCUUAGUGGAAGAACUGGAGGCAGAUGAGUGGAGAUACAAACCCAUUGAACAGCUCUUGGGCUUCACCCCGUCUCUAGGUUGAAAUAUAGCAAUUAACUAAUCCAGGAUUAGUGUAGCUCCAUUUUAAAACUUUCAUUCUACGUUUUUCCACCACUCUGAUGACAAUCUAGAACUUUUUUUUUUCCCCACCAGAUCCAAUAAAGUAUAUUUAUACAUCAUUUUCAGGGUUUUCUUUUUUAGUUCACUUUCACACUGCUUGAGGAUAGUGUGGUUUCUGUGACUGAGGAGAUGUAAUCGCUUUUCAGAAAGAAAGAAAAAACACACCUUUUUCUUUCCAGAGGGAAAAGGGAUGAUUAUUUCAAUUCAACAGUCUUGAUUUGCUGACCUUGAUCUGGCACAAUGAAAAUUGACUGGGGAGUUGGACUUUUCUUGUGUGUCACUCUUGGAGGGCGGAGUAAGAAGCCAUAGUUUUAAGCCCUAAGCUAUUGCUUUGAAGAGAAAUGUGAUAAUAGGACAGGUUCACUUGGAGGGCAGAAAAAUAUUAACCGUUUCCUAUAUUUAGGCUGUUUCUGAGAGUACAUUUUGACAGCUGCUUCUCUGUUAAUUAUGUGUGGAAAUGGUCAGAACAAGUCUUUAAAAGAGAAACGUUGACAGUCCUGUUUGCUGUACCAGCCCACUUGAAAAGUCUUGUUUAGUAAAUAAAUUAUUUUAGCUCUUGCC